AUGUUCCGCUUUGUAAGAUUACCUCGCUCUAUUUAUCUACCUCAAACUGCCAUGAUCGACUCUCAAGCUAACCAAAUCUGUCCCUCCGGCUCGCCGGUCUCGGCGCGUGUCGUUGAGCUCAUCAAGACAGCCUCCACUCAGGCUAGCCAGGCUGCCAACGAGGGCACCAAGGGCACUGCCGCUCGUGACCCGUUUGAAUUCAACAUUACUGAAGAGAACCCCACGGACGACCAGAUCCAGACCAUCUGCGAAUACGUCGGACCCACCAAGAUCCCCCAAGUCGUUAAAGGAGCCAACAGUGUCGCCGAAGCGCUGAGGAAGUUCAAACAAGACCAAGCAAACUUCCAGAGGCCUGUGGUUGUCGACUGGAACAAUGGCAAAGCUGUUGUCGGAGAGAACGAAUCCGAGAUCCUCAAGAUGAUCGAGUCUCUCAAGAGGUGA